UCUGGGAAGGCAAGUGUGCCGUGUGCAAACGCCAGGAAGUCCCUCACAAACAUCGCCGUCCUUCGGACGGAAGGCAAAGUUUCUCCGGUCACUUGUCCUGGACGCAGUGGACUUUACAGCAUGGCGUCGGGCCAGCAAUACCAGGUCACUCUACCGGGACCCGCGCCCUGGGGCUUCCGUCUCUCGGGCGGGAAGGAUUUCUCCUCACCGCUGUCCAUCUCCAGGGUAACUCCUGGAGGACGGGCUUCCAUGGCCAACAUCGCGCCUGGGGAUGUCGUCCUGAGGAUCGGCUCCCGUGCGGCGGAAACACUGACACAUAUCGAGGCACAGAACAUAAUCAAGACCAACGAUGGACAGCUAGAACUCACUCUUGUCAGAGGGGAUGGCAGAGCGAGACCAAUGCCAGCGACCCCAGCUGGACCUUCAGCACCCACAAUAUCAGCCCAGCCAGUGCAGGCCAGUGCUCCUGCCACACAGGCCCCGCCUAUGCGCAUCCAGCGUCCAACGGUCUACAAACCCCCACCACUCCAGCAACCAAGUGCCCCGUCACCCCCGCUAAGGGCAGGGCAGCCAUUUUCCCCGAAACGUGUGAGCCCCGUACAGCCUGGAACAACCGUACAGACUGGUCCGUCACACUUAAAAGUCUCCUCAGUUUCCGCCCCCAUGACACGAAUCUCCCCGACCGCCCCCACACGACUGUCGUCGCUGUCCACGACGAGUCAGCCGCCCUCCACGGGCGCUCCCCGAUCGCCCACCAGUCCUGGGAUGGUCCACAGCCAGUACAACACCCCCAUCAACAUGUACGCCGUGGAAAACGUCACGGAGACUCUGAAAGGUCAACAGCUUCUACAGGAAGCACAGAACAGUGUGGACGUAGGUGCCAUCAAGCGUGCCGGCGAGGCCGGUCUGGGCAAACCUGCCGCGCCAAUCGAAAUCGAGGCCGGCGGCAGGAAGAUCGUGCACGCUCAGUAUGACACGCCCCUGGGUAUGUACUCCACGGGCGCCGUUCAGGACACGCUGGAGGGACAGCUCGCCGGAUUGGUCGGAGGCAAGCCCGAAGUGACCGCGCCACAGCGCCCUGCAGAUCAGCCUGCUAGCAAACCUGGCACGGUGGACACGUCGUCUGCCGUGUACCAGAUGAUCCAGGAGGAGUCUGCGAGGAAAGCCCGCAUGCAGCCCCGCGUGGCGCCCCCGCCCGAGCCGCCCACCAAGCCGGGCGCCUCCCACGCCCAGUCCAGGUCCUUCCGCCUGCUCCAGAUGAUGACUGCAGAGGAUGAAGCAGAAAUCGACCAACAGGAGGCAGAACGCGAGCGUGAGCGCCAGGAACAGGAGCGCCUGCGUUACCAGGAGGCAGUGGAACAGGAGGCGGUGGCGUCCAGACAGAUGGAGCGUCUGGAACUGGCGGAGGCUCAGGCUGCCCUGUCCCAGAAGGACCGCUCCGGCCCACAGGAGCUCCAGGCCGUCACUGCCAAGGAGAUGGAGAAGGCCGUCGCCUGCCAGUCCUGCGAUGGAGACAUCUCGGGUCCCAUGCUGAAGGUGAAAGACAAGCUGUUCCAUGCCUCCUGCUUCAACUGUGCCGAGUGUGGUACCAACCUGAGAAACUCUGUCUACAUCAUGAUGGAAGGAAACUACUACUGCGAGAAGGAUGCCAUCGCCAGGGCCAAGCCGCCACCCGGAUACGAUGUGAUCCUCCUUGACCCAGCAGGAGGGAAAACUGGUGCGCCAGCAGCACCAACGGCCACCACGGCUCCCAGCGGCGUGGGACGUCCUGCCGACCAGAGGAGACGAGUCGUCCGCGGAGACCGCCAGGACCGCAAGGCCAAGCCCAUUGUCUACGCCAAGAUGGGGGCCGCAGGGUCCAGGACUCCCCUUUGUGACAGCUGCAACCAGAUCAUCAGGGGUCCGUUUGUGGUUGCCAUUGGCCGGUGCUGGAUGCCUGACUGUUUCACGUGUGCUCACUGUAAGUGUAACCUGAUCGAGAUGGGCUUCGUGGAGGAGGAGGGCCAGCUCUACUGUUCCACGCACUACAAGGAGUUCUUUGCCCCUCUGUGUGGCAAGUGUAACGAGCCCAUUGCUGAGACGUCCCGAAAGCUCCAUGGUAGCAACGUGCACGUUACAGUGAAAGCUGAAUCCAUCAUUGCAAAUGACCUGCAGUUCCAUAAGCACUGCUUCCUGUGUGCCAAGUGCAGCUGCCAACUGGACCCCAACGGCUACCAUCUGUGGGAGGGUGCACAGAUCUGUGAUAUUUGCUUUUCCAAGACCAUGUCUACCAAGUGCAUUGGUUGUGACUUCCCCAUCGAGCCUGGCGAUCGCUGGCUAGAGGCCCUGAACUGUGCCUGGCACACGGAGUGCUUCUGCUGUGCUGUUUGCCAAGUGGAGUUGGAGGGAGCUGCCUUCUAUGCCAAGGGGAAGAAACCAUAUUGCAAAAUUCAUGCCAAGCAGGCUGCUUGAGACUGUCUCCAUGGCGACUGUUGUCAUAGCAACAAAAAGAGACAACUUUUUGUGUAACAGCUCUAUGGAAACCACAAUAAAAUAGCAAAGAUCUCGUAGAUGUAAAGAAAUGGCAUGAUUUUACACAGCUAGCAGGGUCAGGUGCAAGGACAAUGUGAAGAAAAGAGCCAAAUGUCUGCAUGAAACAGCAUAAUGUGAGAAGUCACAUGAUGAUAUAUGACUUGCAUGAGGAAAGAAGACUUCUGUGAUGAGUCAUGCGAAGAGAUUUUAUGGCUCAGGCCGGGAUUGUUUUAUUUUGAAUUUGUAAGAAGACUGUAAGCAAUGAAGGAAAGGCCAGUGUAAGGCUUUGAUGUUUUAUCACUUUCUGUAGAGUUGGCUGUCUUAAUACUUAGGUAACUGAUACUUAACUGAAGAGAAGAGACGAGGCCCACCUACCCCGACACCAGGGCAGCGGGCGGGUACUGUGCUCACGGAUACACGUGCCGUGGGUUGGCCCUGCCCGAGGCUGGGCCGCCGUAGGUGAUCGGAAGUGCACGCCUCCUGUCAUUCGUGUGUGCCGAGGGUAAAAGGGCCGAAAUCACCUAUGGCGGCCGACACCCUCGGGUCCUCCCCUGACGAUCAGUACCCGUCGCUGUCGGCUGGCGCGGACAUCCUUCCAACUCGCAGCACUCUGCAAAACUACUUCCCUCACCACGUCACACAGCUAUCUUUUAGUUUGCUCAGAGGCCUCACUGGGCCUCGUCAUUCAACGGAGUCAUCCAGUCUGCGAGUUGGACGGGUCACGUGUCCAGCCCGGGGUAGGUGUGGCAGACGUGCAGCACCUAGCGCUGAGGAGCGCGUACGUUGGAUGUGUGUUCUAGAGAAGUGCACAGAUGGAGAACUGCAGGGUGUAGCCUUUCACGUGUGUGUUGUGUUGUGUUGACCAGACUGAGAGAUGGUGCUAAAGUAAGGAAGGUCAGAGGAGAGAGAAUUAGUUUUAUCGCUUCCCUUGUGUGGGUGACGGUGUUACCCACCGACCACCCUUGUACAUGUACUUGCAUGCAAAUCACCUGUAGCAAAUAGUGCUGAAUUUAUCUUAUACCCACCAAGUGUGUGAAAAUUAUACGUUUGAUAGAAUAAUGUUAUGUUGCAACAUAGUGAAAUUAUGAAGUGCUUUUUAUAGAAAUCAUGAUUAUCAAUUUAAAGUACAUUAUGCUAAGAGGGGCUAUGCAAAAUUGCAUACGUAAAGAAAUGGAGAUACUUAAUGUAGCUUUGACAUCUGCAUAAUAAUUUUGUAACCAAACCCUAUUGGAUUGUUUACAGCUAGAGCUGUGGUAAUUUAUGCAUAGUAGCUUGAAAAGCUAUAAUGUGUGAAAUCCAACCUGCUGUUUGGAUUUGCAUUUUAUAUAUAACUCAAUAGAGAAUAAAUCUGGGUCCCCUACCUAGGAACUGUA